GGGAGAUUUAUAUCCCUUGUGAACGGUGUGAGGUUACCUCUCUGGAUAUAUGUGGCAAUGAAUACACGUGUAUUUUGCCUAUGUGUGGCGGUGGCCUUGUCUGUAUACCUACAUAAUACAGUAUCACUUGAGGCAAUAGGAUGCCGCGGCACCACAGUGACACUACGAUGUGAUUCAAACAGUGUAAUAUACAUAGACAACAUAUAUGCUCUUGCCAAGAAAACAACUACAAACUGCCCAACAAGUGGCACAGUUGGCAACGGAGGGUCAAAGUGCACUCACAGUUCUGAAGACUGUAAGAUGUCCUACACAGGUGAAAGUGUCACCACGUACCACGAGCGAUGUUCAGGGAGGCACAUAUGUGAGGGCCCGAUUACAUCCCAAGCUACAACAUGCAGUAGGAAAGAUUUCUCGUCUCAAUCAAACUACAUGUUGUUUAAAUAUCAGUGUAUAGCAAUCUCGGACAUCACAUCAUUUUCGGAACAUAAACAAAUAAGAGGAAAGGCUGUUUCCAUCUGGAAUGUUGGGUAUCCGGAUUCAGGAAUAGCCAACAACGCCGACAACGUAUGCAGCGUCACAGCAUCCUGUAGUACCGCCAUAGUUGUAUCAGCGUUAGACCUGAAUCUUAAACAUAACGCCUCAGGACGUUGUCAGCAGCAAAUGGUCAUCGUGGACGGUCCAAUUCACAGAUUCACUAUUCACAGAGUUGACUGCAACAAUAACAGUUACUACAGGGCUAGUACCUUGUACACGAGCAGGUCUCAUUUCGUAAGAGUCCACUUAAUUAUAGACAAUAACUUACCAACCAAGGCCGGGCGCUUCUGGGUUCAGUUUCACGCUUCAAACCACAACGCCAUCAUAGAAAUAGGAUGUGGGACAUCAGCCAGCACAACAGCCCCGCACGCGCCAGUGUGUCCCGAAACGACAACAACGACAACGACACCAACGUCUCCAACAUUGCUGCAGCGUUGUACACCCGUGGCCGUUCAUCAAUCGGCAGAUGACACCUUGAACCCUGGAGUAAUAGCUGGUGUCGUUAUAAGCGUGUUGGUCUGCGUCAUGCUGUUGCUAAUAGCAACACGGAUUGUGUGUAGAAGGGUCCUGAAGAACAACAAGAUGAAAGUUGCAAACAAGGACGGGGGUUUACUCGAUUCUGAGUUUGCUGUAGCCCUUGGUAUCAGCAGCACAGCCCCUGCCGCCUCCCUGUAUCCUAGUAAGCCACGACGACUGACACCAGUAGGGGUGCCACAGAAAGGGUUAACGUCAGGGGGCACAGGGAAUGUCCCAUGGAGCACCAUCAGUUCAAUGGCUCCAACUGCAUCUAUUGUCAAACACAUGUCUUCAGCAGUGGGUAAAACAAACAACCACAUCAAAUCACCACAGCCUGCAUCUAUUAAGACUAACGUGUUUGUUAUAACGAGAGAGGUCAUGGGUCAACAGGGCAAGGUGACCUCAAACAACAUCAAACACAAUCUGGAAAAAUGGAGAUCGUCCAAAAACGUCAAAAUAAAUUGAAUGUUCCUGUUGACGUUAAGGUUGAACACUGCGAGCCCAGAGUGGAUCCUUAAGUUAGUGUACGUGGUUUAGUGGCUAGGGCUCCCAAUUGCAGAGGAUGUUCGCUUCCACUGCUGCCAGGAAGAGCUGGUUGACGUAUCAAAUCCCAAAUAAGCCAGGUUAUAAACAUUCACAAUGCUGUCAAACCCAUACCUAGGCCUCCCACAGGCGGCCAAUAACCCCAUUGUGUAAAUCCGAUGCUUUAAAUAAGUCUAAAUCUAACGGUGCGUUGUACUUCUAUCGUCAGGAGUUCACUGUGUGAAAUUAUGUUUGUUUCAGAAGAUAAUGAAUAGAAAAACGGCAAGUUGUAAAAGGUGAUGAUUGUUUGUUAAAUGAAACUAUUACACAGCAGAAAUUCCAAGCAUUCAAAUGUACAAAAUAUAACGACUAUACUUAUCUCAUAUUUCUGUUAACCGUUCGCAGACACAGUUUAACAUUAAUUCAGGUAUACGUAGGUAUCUUUUUACAGUUGAGGCAUGUACUUAGGGACACCUACAAUGUAAUUGGGCUACCUAUUUGCUUUUCACCUAAAAUCGCUAACGGCGACACAGUUUCAUAUUAACAGAAUAAUAUUAUCAGCAGAGCCUACAUGUAUGUAUAUUCAAUCAUAUGACUAUGACUACAUUGUAUGUGUUUACAGAGUGUGGUGUGAUUUACCACAGCAGCAACACUACCUGACAAGUAUAUAGCUCUGCGUUGUUAGUUGCGGUAAAACAUGUCAGCUACGCUUCUAGUCUUUUUUGCAAUCACAUGAUGACUUAAGUAUUGGUUGACAAAAAGAAAGCAGUGGCUAUAUAUAUAUAUAUAUAUAUAUAUUCGCUUACAAAGAAAUGUAUUUCACUUCACUUCGAGACAAGAUCAGUGUUCAGUUACAAUUGUGGUAAUGAAUGCAUUUUGCUUUUAUGUUGCCUUGCCGCUAUAUUUACACAAUGCAGAUUCGUUUAAUGCAACCGGAUGCUAUGGUUCUCACCAGUUGCUAAAUCUAUCAUGCUCAAGCCACGAGGUCAUCGCCCUGGACAACAUAUGGGCAAAUGCAAAAAACAACUCCACUAACUGUCCUACAGGUGGCGCAGUUGCCCUGCCGCCGACAGACUCUUGCUGUAAGGCCAAUGCUCAAGAUUGCAAGAUGGACUACACAGGUGCAAGUGUCCCUGAGUACCACGAGGCUUGUUCGGGGUUCUCUACGUGCGAAAAGGAGAGUUCAUGGCAGAACACAAAUGAAGUAUGUGGUUCGGAUUUUCUAUCGCCAUCAAACUAUAUGGACAUUGAGUAUCACUGUAUAGCAACCAGUGGUAUUGUACACAUUCCGUCACAUAACAUGACCAACGGGUCGACAGUUUCAAUCCAAAAUGUGGGAUAUCCGACAUCAGGGCCACUUGGCAGUGCCGGGAUGUGCAGCAUCACCGCGUCGCACAGUUCAAACAUAGCUGUGUCAUUACUGCAUCUGAAUUUUACACGUGACGAAGAUAACACCUGUCAGCAGUACAUUGACAUAUUGGAUGCUAGUUCUUGUGAAAGAAUAGAUUGUGGAAACAAUACCAACUACAAUUCCGGUACCAUUUACACAAGCAGGAAUCAUUUCAUAAGCCUUAACUGGACGAAUCAGCACACCAACUCCGGGCGAUUAUGGAUUCAAUUUACAGCAACAAACUACCAGGCUAAUUUAGAGCUACGAUGCGGAUCUUCAGCAACUGUGGAAGAGCCGGGUGUGUCAACGUUUCCAGGUGUCAUGAGUCUGGCGGAGGCAGCUGGUACAGGUAUAGGCGUCGUGGUGUGCGUCAUGCUACUUCUCACAAUGAUGUAUGUUCUGUAUAGCAAGAAGCAUCAGCUGAUGAAAAUUGCCAACCACGGUGGAGAUGGCCCAGAUUCCGAGUUUUCUGAUGCCCUUGGUGUAACAGGAACAGAUAUGAGCAACACUGCUCCAGCUUCUGUCAGUCCGCCAAAGCCACGGCGACUAGCACCAAUAGAGGUUCCAGGAACUGGAUCGUACAUGCAUCUUUGAUAACCAGUUCAGAACUGCUAUGACCAGUAUAUCUUCUCAGACACAUGUUGCAGACAGGUUUCAAUAGUAAAGCAACUCAACCAGGGUUUAUAGAUUAAUUUAUAUAGUGAUAUAUUCUAAGCGAACGUAUUAACCACGAGGCUACCCCACCGCCCAGAACAGGUAUAGAAAUGUAUAUGCUUACCGUCCUCGCUAAAGUCCUUCGUUUAUAUCUCCAAUGAUGCCUAUCCUCGUGUUAAAGUCCUCGGCUACACCCAAGUCAGACACUGUUAUUCAGUAUCGCACACUAUCAUUUAGUGAUAACAAUUAUUCCAGUAAUUUGUCCGAUUGUCAACCUUGACUUCAUAGCCGAUAGACAAUGGGAACGCCAUGUUUGUAAACAUGUACCUCCCUCACAUUUAAUUUGUAUAUUUAUCCGUAAAUGUCCCCAACGGAUGGCGUUCGUAUCUGUUGGCAUUAUCAUGCCAGGAAAUCUCUUUAUGUAAAAUAACUUGUUUUGUCAAUAGAUUCAACUGUUUCUUGGCAUCAUACAAGGGCUGGUCAAAAAGUUCCAAACCUAACAAAAAAAAACAACAAUUGUGAAAGUGUUUUUCAUUUCAUUUUUCAACAUAAUCUCCCUGCUUUAAAUACACUUCUUUUAUCGAUAGUGAAGCUUCUCAAUUUCAGCCAAUUUCUCAAGCCACCCUGCAAAAACCAAUUCACGGCAGGUGGAAAUCACUUGGUGCCAGGUCUGGCGAGUAUGGAGGGUAAGGAAGCUCCAGCAGUCAGUAAUCCUCGCCGCCUUUCUUUGACAGAAUCUUUCAGGCGGUGACGCAAAUCAGCGUAGUCGCACCGGAAAUCGUCUUUUGACUUUCAAAGUAAUCAACAAGGAUGACACCCUUUGCAUCCCAAAAUACAGUGGUCAUAACUUUCUUUAAAAAAUUUGAUCUUGAAGAGUUGAAUUUAUUUUGUGCCGGAGAGUGCAUGGUGCCAUUCCAUGGAUUGACGUGUUGACUCGGGAUCACAGUGGUAGACCCAUGUGUCAUCACCCGUUACUAAUCUCUUUUUGAAUUUGAUAAAAUCCUCCUAAAUUAUCUCUAAAUGUUCUUUGGCAAUUUCAGUUCUUUCUUCCUUGAGAUCAGAAUUUAGAAACUUUGGCAACCGACGAGCAGAUAUCUUUUUCGUCUGUAAAUGUUCAUGACUAAUCUUUCAAUGGAUCCAUGGCUUAGACCUGUGUCUUCCUCAAGUUCAGCAAUGGUAUUACGUCUACCUAAGAGUAUUAGUUUGUCUAUCUCCUUGAUUGAAUCUUCAUUGAUGGAAGAUGAGGGACGUCCAGACCUCGGGUCAUCAUCAAGGCUAGUUCCCCCAGCCUUAAAAUGAGCUGCCCAACGUUUAACAGCGGAAGGGCUAGGGCACUUAUCCCCGUACGCUUUUGACAUGCGGUCAUAUAUUUCUUGGGGGUUAUUUUUCUCUAAAGUCAAAAACUUGAUGACUGCCCUGUACUUGUUCCUCUCCAUUUCUGUGUUCAUUUGGUUCACAUGGGCGUCACUAAUAUACAAACGGCCUCAACAGACCAAAUACACUUGUAAUGAAAUACUCAAACAAUGUAAUAUAUUGACUACAGUAAACUAUGGUUAUAACGAACUC